AGACUUUAAGUGAACUUUGAUAUCUUUCUCAUAUUGAUUUCAAAGAACCAUUGAAUGAACAUGGAUGUACGUUAAAAUAGUAUUAAAUCUUUGUUCCUUUAAAAUAGAUUUUUCAGUUGAGAGCUUUUAAAAACACAAUACUUAAAUAGUUUAAAAAGACAGCUUAUGGGAUACUGAAGUUGUAGUAAUGCAUCAUCUAGUUCAUUAGAAUAGUUUCAGGUAGUUGUCUUAUCUAAUCUAUGAUUAAGGUUGUCUAUUAUUAACUUUUUGUUACAGGAAACUGUUAUUUUAUUAAACACACCCACUAAAUUAAAUUAUCACUAUGAUUUUUAGGAUAUUAAACGUUCUUCGACAUUGGGUUGAUCACCAUUAUUAUGAUUUUGAGAGAGAACCACAACUCCUGCAAAAAUUUCGAGACUUUUUGGGUAAUGUGAAGGGUAAAAACAUGAGAAAGUGGGUGGAAUCUAUUAACAAAGUUAUUCAAAGAAGGAGUGAGUGUGUGGAAGAACCAAGAGAAAUUAUGUUUAGUUAUGAGAAAAGUCCACCACAAGUAGAAUGGCAUAUAAGUACAGCACCUGAAAAAUUUGACCUUUUGACACUACACCCUAUAGAAAUAGCUCGCCAGCUAACACUACUAGAAUUUGACCUUUACCGGGCAGUUAAACCAUCAGAAUUGACUGGAAGCGUUUGGACAAAAAAAGACAAGCAGAAAACUUCUCCAAAUCUCCUUAGAAUGAUCCAUCAUUCAUCUAAUUUCAGUUUUUGGUUAGAGAAAUGUAUCAUAGAGACUGAGAACUUUGAAGAACGAGUUGCAGUAGUCUCCAGAGUGUUAGAGAUUAUGAUUGUGUUACAAGAUUUAAACAACUUCACUGGAGUCCUGGAAAUUGUCAGUGCCAUGAACUCGGCCUGUGUCCAUAGACUGGAACACACGCACAGUGCAAUUAAGUAUAACCUAAAAAAAGCUCUUGAGGAGGCCCAGGAAUUGAAUUCAGACCAUUUCAAGAAAUAUCAAGAAAAGCUUCGAUCAAUAAACCCACCUUGUGUUCCAUUUUUUGGCAUGUACUUAACCAAUAUCCUACACAUCGAGGAAGGAAAUCCUGACUAUCUUCCAAAUUCUGAGGAAUUAAUCAACUUCAGUAAACGUCGAAAAGUUGCAGAAAUUACCGGGGAGAUCCAACAGUAUCAGAACCAGCCAUAUUGUUUGACUAUACAGCCUGAAAUUAGACAUUUCCUAGAAUUUCUCGAUCCUUUGGAAGGACUCUCAGAGAAAGAAUUCAAUGAUUACUUGUACAGCAAAUCUCUAGAGAUAGAGCCAAGGGGUUGCAAACAACCCCCAAAGUUUCCUAGGAAGUGGCCAGAUUUGUCUCUGAAAUCGCCAGGAAUCAAACCCAGACUCUCUGGACGCUCAGGGCAUCAUCUUGCUGCACUGCCUUCUGACCUUCGUAGUUUCAGCAGUACCACCCAACUUCUGGGUAAUGAUGAUGAUGACAGCCAGUCACCACAAGUUUUAACACCUCCCACUCCCUCUACACCACUGACACCACCUCAUUCAGCAGCAGGGGUGAACAGUGACCAUAGUGUGUUUGCACCCGUCAUGAUUGGAGCAGAUCGUGAUGUGACAUCGCAGACCUGGAGCCAGCUGGUGGCCAAGUCACGGUUCUUUUUUGGAUCAGGUGCAACAGCUCUUCCUGGAAGCAUUAGUGCAACAACUAGCCCAACUUCCACUGUUCCUCCAACAACAAUUUUAGCAGCUGUCAGCAUGACAGGCAUUUUGACACCAACACCUGCACCUCCACCAGUGACAAACCCGUUGGUUCCACCUCCUCUCCCUCCCAGAAGGAAGAGAGAACCUUCUGUAGGAGAAACAUCUCCUAAAGUCAAGCAAGCCCCUGAUGCUCCCAUGCUUCCCCCACGAGAGAAAGAAACCAGCCCUCCCCCCUUACCUCCUAGGCGGGACCAGACUUGUGGGUCCACACUACCUCGCAUGCAUUCCAGUUCUCAUCUUCCGCCUCAUGUUAGAUCUUUAUCUGGACCUGGUUUCAACUUCUCCAGCUAUCCUGAUGUUACUUUACCACGUCGUAUUGCUACUCCAGAGUUGCCCUUACAGCCUCCACCUACACAUCGCAGACAUUCUCAGACCAGCAUUAACAGCCCUCCAACUACAGCAACACCAUUUGUCAGAACAGCAGCAGUAGCUGCAGCAAGUUCUUCUGCUGGUAAUCCCAAUCAGCCUUUGUCAUUUGGCUCAGAAACUCCUCAGCUGCCUCCAAAAACACACCGUUUCCUGAUGAACAACCAUGCCACAGCCAGGUAGCCCAUAGGGAAAAAAUAGACUUACUUAGCAAUCUAGUGUAUAGAUAGAUAAACUGAUUUGGUGUUGAAUGAAUUAUCAGAAUGAUAAGCGGCCAAGUGUGUGUGUGUAUAUAUUUAACUUGCAAUAUAUAUAUGUAUUUUAAAUAUAUACAUACAUACAUACAUACAUACAUACAUACAUAACUAUCAAUAUAUAUGUGUGUGUAUAUAUAUGUAUGUAUAAUUGUCUGUAUCUCUAUAUGUGAGUGUGUGUGUAUAUAUAGACACAUACACACACACAUACAUGUGUGUACAUGCUUUGGAAUACAGCUGAUCAACUACUGUGGUAAACACCUGUGGCCAUGAGAUUUAGUGUAUAAUAUUAAAUGCAUUGUUUUUUGUCAAAGUACAGACACUCUAGUUAUAGAAAACAGAUAGAUCUGGGGUUCGUCCAGUAACAGAGACAUGUCUGAGGUUUGAAGCCCUACAAGAGAUGCGACAAGCUCGACAGUGUGAAGAGUUAAACAUUUAAGGCUCUUUGUAUUUAUUCCUCCUGUUUGUAAUCAUGAUUUGUAUAAACUCCAUGAAAAUGUAAAAGAUUCUACUCUAGCAGUUUGUGAAGGAAGGAAUAAAAAAGAUUCUAAAAAUUUA